UGCAUUUAUUCGGCAACCUUCCAAGCGAUCGCACGCGAAAAAUAUCCAUAGAGAGCAGUGAAGGAGAAACAGAGUGUGGAAAACGACAACAACAAGAAGAAAGAAUACUUUUUUCAUCCAAAUAAAUGUUAAACAUGACGGAUAUCAAGAGCUGCCUGAAGAUCUGCUUCCAGGGCGAGACGAGUUUCAUAAUCUGCGAAGCCGAAAACAGCUAUGAGGAGGUCAUAGUCCAAGCCAUGGCCCGCUUUGGCAUUCCGGAGACACAAAAAGAAGCCUUGCUUCUGACUAAUGGCAACGGUUAUAUCUUUGAGCCGCAGCUCUUGGAAUACUUCAUACUGCUCUUCCCCUGCCCGGAGAUUACUUUCCAUCUGCGUCUAAGCUGGCAGAAGCUGCGGCGUGGCCACAGCCUGAACCAGUCCAUCAAGCGGAAGCGUCACACAGAUCAGGAGACGACGCCAACGGAGCAGACGCUGGAGCAGGAACAGGGAAAGAAGGAGCACCAGGAGGAGGAAUACAAGCCAGUGGCUGUAUAUCGCCAGAACUGUUUCCUGGGCUCAUUGCCCAGCUCUGAGGCGGCUCCUGUGCGUCGUCAGAACUGUUUCCUAAGAGAACGACAGCCACAGCAGCAACUGCAGAGGGAGGCGGAGAUCCAUGCCAGCCGGGAGGAGCCCCAACAGCCGCAGGCGAAGCGCUUGCGUCUGGAUGUCUGUGCCAAGCCCAGACGAGCUGCCUCCAUUGCUCCGCUGCCUGCCAUGCGCUCCAUUCGCAUAUAGCUUAGACGCUACUAAAAAUGAACUGUACAUAGCCCUAGUACGUAUAACACUCGUACAUACGAUAUAAACAUGUACUAAAUACUCAUCGCAUCUGUAAGCAUAAAGGUUGAACCGCUGUUCCUACUAAGAUUGUUAUUUCGAAACCAAAAGAAAUCCAAAUAAAUGUAUA